AACAUUGACAAUUCCAAGAUGGCGUCCUCCUUGUCGGAGGAGGAGUUCCAUCGGAUGCAGCUUCAACUUAUAGAUUUAAGAACAGUUAAUUAUGAACUGGAAGGAAAAUGCAAGAAGCAAGAAAGAGAAAUCUCAAUAGGGGUUGAAAAAACAGACCAACUAGCAAAGGAUUUACAGAAGGCAAAUAAGGCUAUACAGAAAAGCAAGAAAGCAAAGGAUGUGGAGAUCCUCCUCCAGGAGAAUGAUACCCUACAGAGGAAGCUGGAGAGCCAGGAAGAUGACUUCCGUCUACAGAAUGAGACGCUCAUGGCAGAGCUGACCACACUAGUGGCAGCUAAUGAAGACCUAGAGAAGAAGGUGAAAUCUGGUAGAGGACCAGAUGUUGCUGACAGUUUAAAUGCCUCUACAAUCUCCGAAACUGAUGAUGAGAUUCGUCACCUCAAGGCACAGAAUGCUGCAUUACAGAAAAAUCUGACAGCGUACAAAGAGAAGUAUGAGAGACAAAUGGCUUUACUGUCUCCCCCCAGUUCUCCUGAAAAAUCGUCUGAGCAGUCGGAUGCAGAAAGUCAACCCAUGAUCAGGGAGGAUCCUAGUGAGGGAACUGUUCAGCAGGAUGGAAUGUCGCCUCAGAAGCCAGCAGAGAACAAGCCUCCAGUGAACCAUAUGUCUGUGACAGGGGACCUCUCCAGUGAGAUUAAUGAUUUGAUGUUGAAUUUAGAUACAGAAAUGGAAGAGAAGAGAAUACUGAAAGAUCAGUUGACAAAUCUGGAGAAAAAUUUCAAAGAAAAAAUAUCUGCAAAGCAAGAUGAACUAGAUAAGCUAUCUGAGAAACUAAAGAAGAAACAAGAGAGCUACAAUCAGCUACAAGUAGAAAAGGAACAGCUGUUUAGAGAACUAAGUAACAAGACAGAAGAGUUUCAGAGUGCUCGAGACAGGGACCAAAAAUAUUACACAGACCAGGUGUCACGGCACCAACAGGACGCCGAAAAACUCAAACAGGCAUUAGAUGAGAAAGAGAAAUCAUCACAUAACACCAUCGCAGGUCUUCAGAGGAGAAUGGCCUCUCUACAACAGCAGGUUGAUGCUGCCAGCAUAGUAGGUAACCAACAGCUACAAGAGGAGACAACCAAGCACCGACAACAGAUUGAGGGACUGCUAGCUCAGGUGGCAUCCUUACAACAGUCGGGAGAUGACCUUACAGUUCAAUUAGAGGCCAGUAAACAGGCCUGUCAGGAGACACUGGAGCAGUUAUACGCGGUACAGAAGGACCGGGACACUCGUAUCCAGGAGUGGCAGGAGGCCAACAAGAUUGCAGAGAAGAGGAAGAGCAUGCUGGAUGAGCUGGCUAAUACAUACCAAAGAGAUAAUGCCAGCCACCAGGACAAGCUGAGACAACAGGAAGAGGCUCACGAUACUGAGAUCACAGCACUUCAGGCAAAGCUGGUCACAGAACAGGGACAGAGUGCAGAGUGUGUGAAGUUACGUCAGCAGGUGGAUGAGCUCAAGGCUCAGAAUCAGUCUGUGGAGGAAGCCAAGGGCUGGCUAGAAAGGCGCCUACAGCAAAGUGAGCAAUCUUUGAAGGAAAAGGAGGAGGAGAAUACUGCUACAUUAAGUCAUGUGGAGGCUGAACAUGCAUCUGUCCUGACACAUCUCCGAGAGGAGAACCAGGAACAGCUGGAUAGCCUUAAGGAGAAAUACAAGGAAACUUACAAGCUGAGCUGUGAUAAAGAGGAAUCUCUUAAAGCUGAACUCAACACGUAUGAGAAGGAAAUCAACCAAUUAAAACAAGAAAUCGCAGAUAGUGUUGAUGACAGGAAAAUACAUGAGAAAAAAGGAUUAACGAUGCUCAAAGAUCUGAAGAGGCAACUCCACUCAGAAAGAAAACGUGCCGAGAAGUUACAAGAUAAACUGCAAGAAACCUUGUCAGAAAGUCAGCAGGGAAAAACCAUGGAGGAUAUGUUUGGCUCGUUUGAUGGCGACACUUCACUCAGGGAAGACAGGAGUUCUGUGUCUUCCUGGAGCGUGGGAGCCAGCCUCCCUAAAGACUUAAGUAAUACAAGUGGACCUCAGUCCCCAGACCGACUACAGAGCCCACUAGGGGAUUUUGAACAUGAGCACAAUGACCUGGUGUCCAGGCUAGCUGAACUACAGCAGGAGAAGUGGAAUAUGGAGGAAAAGUUAUCUCACCUAGAGAUGAGUACAGGAGCUAUGGCGGAAGAUCUUAUCACCAAAACAAAAAUCAUUGAACACUAUGUCAUGGAUAGCCGAACAGAUCCCAAACCACACAGUGCUAGCCAUGAGGACAAGCUCACAUUGAAAAAAGUACUGGACCUUGUUAACAGGUCUGAUGAACAAGGGCUGAAGGAGAUGAACAGAAAGUUACAACGCAUGCUGGAGGAAACCCUCACUAAGAACAUGCACCUCCAAAAGGAUCUGGAGAUGCUAUCAGAAGAGGUUGUCCGAUUAAGCAAGGUUCAGCACACCGGUACUCAAGAAGUUGGACAGGAUGGAAGCCAGCAAAAAAACACAUCUGAAGAAACUGUUACCAUGGAAAUGAAAAUUACCCAAGCCACAUGACACAAAACACCUGGAGAGACGGACUAUUUAAAAUAGCAUUUGUCUUGAUGUUGCUACGGUAAAUGACUGAAAGGACACUAGAGAAGGGUGUACCAGACACUUCACCAUCUCAGUGUUUCCCCUAACCUCGACACGACAUCACGGCACUGUGCCAUCCAUCUAAACUGGGUUCGCCAUGGUUGCGAGAUCGCAAUGGCCAUGUUGAUGACAAGGAAGUCAUCAAAAAUCCAGUGGACAGAAUUGCCAUAUUGCUGUUAGAAAUACUCUGUACUGUAGUCUGCUGUAAUCCAUCAUCAUAGUUUUGUCAAUAUUACUUCGCCAUUCCUAUUAUUUAUAGUCUAUUUGACUUAUCACACCCGCUGUUACACAACCUGGAACGGGGCGGAACGAAAACUGCACUGUUCUGCCUCAAAAAGGGCAUAAGCAUGAUGUACGAACAUCAUGCAAGUCACUACUUCAUUUCUGUUUAUAAUUCUUUUGUGACCUAAUACAACUUGGUUAAUAUGUCAAAGGUCAAAGUGCCAAAAAACAAAUAUAAAAGAAAGCUUUAGAGCCGUCAACGUUUUAUUAUCUUAGCACAAAUCCCCAUCACAUCAUGUAAAGAAAAAGCUGCCAGCAAUCAGGGGUUUUAUUUAAAAGAGACAAGACAUGCAUUAUUUCCAUCAAACACUGCUGAAAACUUUAAGACAGAUUUUUUGAGUAUUUUGUGUACUGUUCAAACGGAAUUGACAUGAGGCAGAUGGAUCGAUGGCCAGAUGAUAUGUGGAUGGGAACAUUUCUGAAGGUCACUCUGGUUACACUGGCAGAAAACAAUGUUAAAGACCAACAGAAACUGGAUAGGUAGUGGUCAGCAAGUAUAUAUAUUCUAUUUCCUCAAUGUCUGGGUAAAUAGACAGUGCAAUAUUCUUAAUGUGUAUUAAUGAAUACCAGGAUUUUGCAUGCAGUAAAGAUUUUGAACCAAUUUGGUGAGGAAUUAUAACAACUCUGUGUUAUAAGGCUUUAACACCGUUAUGUUUUAUGGUAAUUCAUAUAAACUGAAGUUUGAGAUUUUUCUGCAUAUAUUAAUAUUGCCAAAUCAAGCAUGAUGUUAUUUUACAUUUCUAUUUUGAUAAUAUGAUGUCUGUUAUCGGAUUAUAUUUAUUCCAAAUACCCAAUGAUAUUUCAUCUCCGUUGUUUUCUGUAUCCAGAAGUUGAUUCUAGUGACCCUCCCCGACCUAUAGAACGUCCAGUUAGCCCCUUGAUCAAGCAACACUUGACAUUAAACAACAAGAAAUCAG